AUGAGGUUGAGAAGAGCUUACAUUCUGGUCUUGAUUUUAUCCCUUCUAGUUGUUGAUGAAUCUUCCCCGUUUCUUCUCCGACCAGCUUCAGCUAAUAUAUUGUUCAGUAUACCGUUGUGGCUCAGAAUAUUCAGAACCCUCAGAACAGUAAAUUUUAGCAAGAUUUCCAAAGUAUGGGAUCAAUUGAGAUCAUUCUUGCGUGGCCAUGGUGGUCGUCUUCGAACAGGAGACGUCGUCGACGGCAUAUCCAGGCUUCAAGACUAUUUUCAGUUGUUCGGUUACCUUAAUUCCACUUUGAAUUCAAAUUUCACCGAUGAAUUCUCCGCCGAGCUCGAAUCAGCCAUUAAAUACUUUCAGAAGACUUUCCACCUCAACGCCACCGGCCAGCCCGACAACGCCACUGCGUCGUUGAUCACGCUACCACGAUGCGGCUUUCCUGACGUUAUAAAUGGAUCCAUCACUGUGACGGAGAAUAGUACGACGCCGUUUACCAAGUGGUGGCAGGAGGGGAAGAUAGAGUUUACUUAUGCUUUUUCACCUGAAAAUGAGACGAUGACGACGUCGUUAAAGGUUGUGUUCUCGGACGCCUUCAGUCGGUGGUCUGUGGUGACGAGGUUGAAUUUUACAGAGACGACGUCGUUUAAUGAAUCUGAUAUUCGAAUCAUGUUCCUGUCGCUGGAUGGGCAGUUAGGACUGGUAGGAGGCGGCUGGUUGGAUAAAACGACGAUGAGCUGGGGUAUCGUUUUGGACGUUGAUGAGAAGUGGGUGUUACCGAGUCAGAACUCGACGGAGAGCGACGAACUGGAUCUGGAGACGGUGGUGAUGCACCAGAUCGGUCACGUGCUAGGACUGAGCCACUCGGCGAUAGAGGAGGCAGUUAUGUACCCUUUCAAUUUGGCAUCGAAGAAAAGGAAAGUGGAUUUUGCGAAAGAUGAGUUGGAGAGGAUUCAGCAGUUCUACGGUGCAAAAUCCGAUUCAAGUGAGUUAUCACCAGCGCAGUCGCCGUCGCCGGAAACCGGUGUAGUAGGCGGCGCAGGGCCGAGAUGGGGUCGGGAUACAACUUUAUGGCUCGGAAUCAUGUUGCUUUUCUGGUUUUAA